CGUCACUCAGCUUGCUCCACCUUCAGUCAGUCGGAGAUUCACGUUUAAUGAUAAAUCUCCAAAUCUCUCUGCUUCAUAUGCUUCUGCCUCAGUAUAUGACCAACAGCAACAGAGAAAAAAAAUCCACAUACUUUGAGCUGACAGCACAGAGAAUGAGAAGCGUCGUAACAGUGUGCUGUUUGGGUUUUCUGUUGGUUCUUGUGGCUGUCGUGGAAUGUGAUGAAGACUAUGUUGAGGAUGAAGACGAGAUGAUCCUGUCUCUAAUUCUACAGGAUGACACUCAGCCUGAAGCAGACAACAUGCCAUCGGCGCAGUUUUACAGGUGCACCAAGGACGCGUGGAGCAUGCCGGGUCAGUAUUUAGUUGUGAUGCGGAACGGGACGCACGUGAACCAGGUGGAGCGCACCGCGCGCAGACUCCGCGCUAAAGCCGCCAAACGCGGAUACCUGAUCGAGAUACUGCAGACUUACUCUGGAGCCUUCCGCGGGUUUCUGGUGAAAAUGAGCAGCGAUGUUCUUCACAUGACAGUAAAGCUGCCCCAUGUGGAAUACAUUGAAGAGGAUUCCUCUAUCUUUGCCCAAAGCAUCCCAUGGAAUCUGCAGCGGAUCCUUCAAAAUAAACAGGAGGCUGGAAAAUACUCGCCACCCAAUGACGGAGCUAAAGUGGGAGUGUAUCUGCUGGACACGAGCGUUCAGGUGACCCAUCGUGAGGUUGAGGACAGAGUGAUGGUGACCGACUUCAACAGUGUGCCAGAGGAAGAUGGGGUCAGAUUUCACAGGCAGGCCAGUCAGUGUGAUAGUCAUGGCACACACAUCGCAGGGGUGGUCAGUGGACGGGACUCAGGUAUCGCUCGAGGUGCCAGUGUGAACAGCGUCCGAGUGUUGAACUGCCAGGGCAAGGGUACUGUGUCUGGAGCUUUGGCAGGUCUGGAAUAUAUCCAAUCAUCUCUGGCCUCUCAGCCUGUCAGUCCUGUUAUCCUGCUGCUGCCAUUUGUAGGGGGCUUUAGUCGCACCCUCAACACUGCCUGCCGAAAAAUGGUUGAGUCUGGCGCAGUGCUUAUUGCUGCAGCGGGAAACUAUAACGAUGAUGCGUGUCUGUAUUCACCAGCCUCAGAGCCUGAGGUGAUCACAGUAGGAGCUGUUAAUUUUGCCGACCAGCCACUGAGCAGUGGGAUGACGGGAACUAACUUGGGCCGAUGUGUGGAUGUGUUUGCACCGGGUGACGACAUCGUCAGUGCAUCCAGUGAUUGCCCCACCUGCUUUACCACCAAGAGUGGGACAUCGCAGGCAGCCGCGCACGUUGCUGGUGUAGCAGCAGUUCUCCUGAACCUGAGGCCAAACUCCAGCUCUGCUGAGGUUCUUCAGCAGCUCCGCUACCAUUCAGUCAAACAGGUCAUCAACCCAGAGUCUCUGCCAGUGAUGCACCGUCUCACUACACCUAACAUGGUGGUGGCUUUGCCUGACCCGACAUCAACACUCACAGGAGAGGAUCUGCUUUGUAGGUCAGUCUGGUCUGAAAGAUCAGCUGCUCCAGUAUUCUCCACUGCUGUUUCUCGCUGUCGCUCCACUGAAGAGAUGCUGAGCUGCUCCAGUUUCUCAGAUAAUGGCGUGAGAGCUGGAGAAAGAGUGGAGGAGAGAGAAGGGCAGAAAGAGUGUGUGGCUGUCAAUGUGAACGGAGGGCCAGGAGUGUUUGCGGUCGCUCGCUGUUGUACAGGACACAGAGCUCAGUGUCAGAUGUUGGAGGGUCCAGAGAAAGGAGCGGGUACUGAAUGCCCACCGGAGCACCAUCUGACAGGCUGCAGCUUUUCCUCCUUAUCUGGAGAAGCAUCAGUCUCUGAUCGGCCUCUACAUGGUAGCCGCAGGACAUGUGCUUCUAAAAAGGGUAUAAUGUCAUAUGCCUUUUGCUGCCACAUGUCCACUCUGGAGUGCAGACUGAAAGAAAAGCACCUCACCACUCUCAGCCAACAGGUGGAGGUUUUAUGUGAGGAUUCGUGGACACUGACAGCAUGUGAGGCUCUGUCUCGAGAUGCAGUCAUUCACGAGGCAUUUGCUAUGGGAAACACCUGUGUAGUUCGUACAUCUGGAGAAAAUAAGGGUGCUGCUGCCAUCGCAACCUGCUGCAGAAACCAUCCUUCGCAUGGGACACAGGAUCACUGAAGACCUCCAUUAGGCCUUAAGUGGAUGUUUUCUUCCCUUUCUAAACACGUAAUCAAGGACUUGAUACUGAAACGUGGGAUACUGGAGAGCUCAGCUCUGCCACUAUGGAAUAUUUUAUACUGGAUAUAACCGUUACUGAUCUGGACACACUACAUAGAAGGUGAUAAACCACUUAAAGGGGGCUAUAUAGAGAGGAAUUUCUAUGUAUUUAUACGAAAAAAGACCCCCUUCCCCCACUUUAUAGUCUAUGAAAGCUGGGAAACUGAUUUUUAUGCGAUACACAGUUGAAGUUAAAAUUAUUAAACCCCCUGAACUAUUAACCCCCCUGUUUAUUUUUUUCCCCCAAUUUCUGUUUAACUGAGAGAAUAUAUUUUUCAGCACAUUUCUAAACAUAAUAGUUUUAAUAACUUAUUUCUAAUAACUGAUUUAUUUUAUCUUUGCCAUGAUGACAGUAAAUAAUAUUUGACUAGAUAUUUUUCAAGACUCUUCUAUACAGCUUAAAGUGACAUUUAAAGGCUUAACUAAGUUCAUUAGGUUAACUAGGCGGGUUAGGGUGAUUAGGCAAGUUAUUGUAUAAUGAUGGUUUGUUCUGUAGACUAUCUAAAAAUAAAUGGCUAAAAUGGGAUAAUAAUUUUGACCUUAAAAUGUUUUUUUAAAAAUUAAAAACUGCUUUUAUUCUAUCCAAAAUAAAACAAAUAAGACUUUCUCCAGAAGAAAAAAAUAUGAUCAGACAUGUGAAAAUUUCCUUGCUCUGUUAAACAUCAUCUGGGAAAUGUUUAAAAAAGAAAAAAAAAAAAUCAAAGGGUGUUUAAUAAUUCUGAUUUCAACUAUACUUAGUAUUUGCUUUACAGGGGAAAUGGUUUUACUUCUAAUCACAGAAAGUAAACUUGUAUUCUGGCAUUUAAUGACACAUAUGUUUUGUGCGAGCACCAGCAAUAUGCUGUCUGCAGUAUACUUAAUGGCCACCGAUGUCGCUAACAACUAGUUUCUGAAUCCUACAUAUUACAGGCCCUUCGAAAAUACUUUGUUUUUGCUAAUAAAAUAGGCAGACAUUAAUAUUAAAACUCUGCCUGUUACCAAUAUGUCAUGUUUUGGUUGUAUUAAAAAUGUUAUAAACAUCAUGUAUAUCCUGCAAAAUUAAUAAAAAAUUAUUUGCAUUAACAACAUUACUAAAUAUUAGUAAUAAAGCUUAAUUUGAUGGUAAUGGUUAUGAAAAUUUGAAAUUGGGAAAGAAGAAAAUAAAUAUGGCUCAAUAGUGAUGCAUGAAAAAAAACCCUCAAAAAUCUGUAAACGAUAACAAUAGUGUGUAUUUUACUACUGAUCAAAAUUUGCACUAUAUGCAUGGUCACUAGCUAUGUUUCUGGAUUAUCACAUAAAAGAUGUGCGAAUAAAGCACCAUUUACAUCCAACGAGUCAAAGCGAACAAAAUCGUCACUUGAUUAUCUGGUGCCAAAUGUAAACAGUAAAAUUGAAUUUUCUGCAGUAGGAGAAGCUGCGUGAAUCUUUUUCUCAUUUAAUAAAUGACUUGCGCCUCAGAAGGCAAUCCCGACACGCACUGAACGUGCGGUGGCGUUUGAAGGUGUGAGACGCUGAUUCUGGAGGUCCUUAAUAAUAAAAUAACACUAAUACUGAAAUGGUUAAGGCAUUUUAGAAUGACCCAAACAACAUUUCAGAUGUUUUACAAUGUGCUCAGCCGCUGUUAUGGCCAUUUGCACACAUUUUUACCAUCACAUGAUCUCUUAUAACAAAAUCACAUGACCUUUUUUAAUGCGCAUACUGGAAUUUGUUUGGUAAAAGUGUUUCCAUCAUAGUUUAUGCGCAUCUUUUCUUAUCGAAUAAAAAGUUUAUCUUACCCAGUUAUGCACAUUAGUUUUUUAUGUGCAGUUUUAAAAUUUAUGCGCAUCUUGGCGUUUCCAUCAAUCAUUUUUUAUGCGCAUAUCCAAAAUGUGCAUAAAAACAGGUGGUUGGAAACGUAGCUAAUGUGUAAACCAGUAUUUUUACACUACAAAUUUGAUAUAAACGUUGACAUAUGAAUAAUCUUACUGACACGUACAAAGUGACACGAUUUGUGAAAAGUUGUGCAUUCCAGUUUUUAUAUCAAAUGUUUUCAUUGUCAAACUCUGAUGUACAAAUUAAAAUGUGUUGUUUUUUUUGAA